AGAAAGUGGGUGUGAAGGGGCGGAAGAGGGUCAAGGUGCAGCUUGUUAUUGCAGCAACGUUGUCCGUUGAGUCAGACAGAAGAAAAGGGAGCGAGAAAGCCACCAGCAGCUACAGGACUCGUGUGUAAGCCUCUUUACACCCGCCCUUCUCUGCUGAAGAGACUUUGUGUGAGUCGUUUAUGCGCACGUGCUCUCAUUCAUUCCCCACAGAGUGACAACAAGCGUUCUGAGCAGUCUCGGGAUGGGGGUUCCUGUAAUGUGGACGAUCUUCGCCGUCGCCUUGGCGAAAAAGACGGCCCUCUACGUAGUAGGGAGGAGCUAUGGGUUUCCCCGGGUGUACAGAAGAAUGGUGGAAUUCAACCGCAGAACGAUUGGCGACAGAACAUCGCGCAGAGUCAUCCAAGAGAGAGUCAAGUACUUCUUCAGAAUACCCAACAAAAUAGGCAGAGGACUCGGAAUGAGGGUACGACAUGGGAAGGAGUCUUCGGUAGUUCGCAGAUAGCUACUGUGUCUGCUGUCAUGUUGCAUCAUUGCUAUGUACUGUGUUAGCUCUGCAACUGAAGGUGGACAUUCAGCAGUCACACACCAAGUUUACUUGUGUUUGCUCCAUUAUCAUCUCAGCAGUUUGUGUUGUAAAUAUUGUCUCUUUUGUUGUAAACCACCCUAGUUCAAACUAAACCUGAAUUCAUUGGUUUUUUGGCCCACUGUAAACAA